CUUCGCUGAGCUUGAAGCUAAUAAUAUUGAAGUCGAAGCUAAGAAUGCAAAAUUAAACCAAGACAAAGAAGAAGUUGAAGCCAGAUUCUUGAAUCUAGAGCAAAUAGAUAGGGAAAAAACCGACCUUAUCGCUGAAUUGAAACAUGAUGUCUCACUAAUCAAGAAGCAGGGCUUGCAAAACAAGGAUAAUUCCCAAUCUAGCAAAAACAAAGUAAAGAAAUUUAUAGCAGAAGUUUCUAACAACUCUAGCUCAUCUAUUAGUAAUAGUAAUGCAGGCAGUCAUGUGAUACCUACAACCCUGAAUGAAACAGAAGAGUCAAAGACUCGAUGCUUCACAUCAUCUCAACCCAGCAAUACUAGCUUCACGUUUUUAUACGAAAAACUUUGUAAUGCUAUAUUUCUCGCUGACCGUAAAACUCAAGAAGCAAUCUUCUGUUAUUGUAAUUUUGGUAAAGCUUUUGUUCAAAGACGUAAUGAAUUAGUAUCAGAAAAACAAAUUAAUCUGGAAUCUAAUGCAAUUAGUAGAAUUUUAAAUAAGGAAAUAGAAGAAUCAAAGAUUCGAUGUUUCACAUCACCCACCUUAAAAUCCGAAUUCCCUGAACCGAGUUCAGGAAGUAACCGGCAACUUUCUUGCGAAAAAGAAAAUAAAGAUUCAGAAUUUUCGGAAACGGAGGUAAGUACUACAGUCACUCUCUCCAUCCCAUUGUCUCAUAGCUCUAAUUCGGAAGAUCAAAUAAUUGAGGAAGUUAAAUCUUUACCAGAAACCAAGCUCUAUAUCGAUCAUGGGCGUCUUCUAUCAACACUACUGAAAGGACGGAGAAUAGGCAGUAAUCCGGUUAUUGUUGGCUCCCGACCACCUCCGAACGAUUCAUUAUGGAAUCGGAUUCGAAAUCAAGGUUAUGAUGUGGUCGUUUAUGAUCGUAUCGCAAAUAAAGAAAAGAAAGUUGAUAUGGAACUUGGAGCUUCUAUGUUGGAUAUCGUCCAUUUGAUGAAUCCUGGUGUAAUUCUUUUAGUUGCCGAUGAUGAUGAUUAUUAUCCUAUAUUAAAAUGGGCCCUGAAAUAUAAUUGGAAGAUUGAGGUCUGA